AGACGCGCUUGGUUGGUCAGUUGCCGCGCAACACUUUUCGUCGAAGGUAGUCGAGCCAAAGCGAACGGCUGCUGCAGUGUAGCGUGUAUUUACAUACAAAUUUGCUUUGGAGGAAGCAAACAGACGAUUUCAUAAAAACUAAAAUUUGUGUGACCUUUUUGUGCGUUCAGCAUAAUUUUUAUUGUUGUUGGCUUUGUUGGUUGUCUAUUUCCAAUUUGACGGGUGUUUUGUGUUCAGCGACAUGAAGCGAUUGUUAUUGUUGGCCCUGUGCGCGGCCGUGUUGAACUUGAGCGCAUUGGUGCAAGGCGAGGGGCAGGGUCACUACUCCGUAAUUGGACCGGGUACAUUGCAUUCGAACAACAAAUAUACCGUUGGCGUGGCUGUUUAUCAAAACCCCGAACCAGUUAAAUUGAAAGUUGGCUUAGUUGGUCCCGAUUUCGAAAAGUCUGAGACGAUCGAACUGCAACCCGAUGAAGCGAAAGAAGUAGAAUUCGAUGUGCCCGCUUUGCCGAAGGGAAAGUACAAUCUUACGGCGGAGGGCAUAUCGGGUUUGAUUUUCAAGAAUACAACCGAGCUAAAUUACGACAAUUUCGCGGCAAUCACUAAAAUACAAACCGAUAAGGGCAAGUAUAAGCCUGGCGAUAAGGUCAACUUCCGUGUGCUGUUUUUGGAUGAGAACUUGAAACCUGGCGCAGCGGAUAAGGAUGCUGCCAUUUGGUUUGAGGAUGGCAAACGCAACAUUGUAAAGGAGUUUAAAAAUUUCGAACUCAAAAAUGGCGUACUUACGGGCGAAUUUCAAAUAUCCGAGUUUGCGGUGCUUGGUGGUUGGCGUUUGAUUGUUAAGAAUGGUGGCUCUUACAAUCAAGAGGUUUACUUUGAUGUUGAGAAAUAUGUGCUACCUAAAUACGAAGUGAAAAUCGAGGCUACCGAAGCCGUAUCCGUACGCGAUGGCGAUGUCAAUAUAGUGGCGAAGGCCAACUACACAUAUGGCAAACCUGUGGAGGGAAAAGUGACCGCUGUCGUAGGUUAUGGCGAUCUCUACUCCUAUUCCGACGAUGCGAAGAUCAAGAGCGCGCCCACACUCAUUAAGAGCGCCGAUAUGGUGAACGGUAAAGCCAAGUUGCUUGUCAAUGUUAAGGAUUUCAAAGAUCAUUUGAUGAGCGAUAUGUACGCCACAUCCAUGCAAAUCACCACCACUGUAGAGGAGGCGUACACAGGCGUUAAACUCAACGAGACUAAGUACAUAAGUGUUUACCCUUAUCGUUAUGACAUGAGCUGUGUUUCCUACGACACAUGUUACACAUACCACGCGGACAAAGAGUCGGAAGUGUUAGUACAUGUCAAAUUUGUCGAUGGCACAGUUUUAACAGAUACCAAGAAUCCAAUUAAGCUGGUCUACAAAGAAUCAUUGUCCCAACGACACUUCUGGCAUGGCGCACGUCAUCCGGAAGAUACCACAACAACGGAGCGACCCACGAUCGAAGGCAAAACGCAUACCUUCGAAAGUAACCUCAACGGCACUGGCUUUGCGAAAUUCACUGUGAAGCUGCCCAACUUGGACGAGAUUGAGGACUACCAGCAUUAUUAUGAAAUAACUGCUGAGUAUAUUGAUGAGACGCGCAAGAUAUCGAACUCCUAUCAAUUUCGCGAACCCAAGAAUGUGGUGCCGCAACCAGAAGAGAAAGAACCAACCGAAUGGUUUAAGCUGCGCACCUAUUAUCCAUCGAACAAAUACUCCUUCAACUCAUCUGAUAUUGUGACAAUAACUGUCAAUUCGAGCGAGCCCUUGCCAUACUUCGUUUAUAAUGUCAUUGGACGUGGUAAUGUUGUGGAACAUGAACGAGUGGUUCUACCAGAGGGUACCAAAGUCUAUAAUAUCACGUUACCGUACAAGCAUAUAUAUGCGCCCUACGCGAGAGUUUUCGUUUACUAUGUUGGCGCAAAUGGUGAGUUCCAAUAUGCGGAGACCUCCUUCCAAGCUGAAAUGGAGCUCCAAAACACGCUUGACAUUACCACACCAAGUGAGGUGAAACCUGGCGAAACUGUACCGCUGCACAUUAAGACUGCGCCACACUCGUUCGUCGGUCUGCUGGCUGUUGAUCAGAGCGUCUUGCUUCUUGCUGGAAAUAACGACAUCUCGGAAAGUGAAUUUAGAUGGCGCGUCAGUAGUUAUGACACUAGCACGCCUUGGCAAGGUGGUUACUCGCACUACCCCGGUGAAUCUACGGGUGUGGUGACUCUCACUUCCGCAGAUUAUUUCUACAAUUGGACCAAACCCGUUCGUUCAUAUCCCACACCCUUCAGUGCUCGUGGUGAUAUAGUAAAAAGCUUCAACAAAGUUCAUGACUCUCCUUUAACUACCACGGCUCCAGAGGCUGGCUUCGCUGGUGCUGGAGGCGCUGUUCAAUAUGAUUCUCCCGAGUCACCACCAGCGCAACAACCAGUAGUUCGAAAAGAUUUUCGUGAAACUUGGCUGUUCAAAGAUAUUGAAGACACUCAAGCAGAAGAGUUCGAUUGGUCCGAUAAAAUACCAGAAACUAUUACAUCAUGGGUGCUUACCGCUUUUGCCGUAAGUCCCGAGAAAGGACUUGCAGUUAUGAAGGACUCCAAAAACAUAAAAACAUUCCAGCCAUUCUUCUUAUCGCCGCGCCUCCCUUACUCCGUAAAACGAGGCGAGGUUGUCAACACACAGCUCUUGAUUUUCAACUAUUUGGAUAAGGCUUUAGACGUUGCUGUCACACUUGAUAACACCGACGGCGAAUACGAGUUCACCGAUGUCUCCAAUGAGGUUAUCAACGAAGCGAGCCGUGUGAAGAAUGUACGCGUAGCCGCGCAAUCUUCAGCUGGUGUUUCCUUCAUGAUACGUCCCAAAGUCAUUGGCAAUAUAUUAUUAAAAUAUACCGCCGUCUCGCCGAUAGCCGGCGAUGCCAUACAUAAAGCGCUAAAAGUUGUGCCUGAAGGUGUAACCGAGUAUGCAAAUCGUGCGUAUUUCGUCAAUCUUAAAGAUACGCCCGAGUUCAAGCAGUCUUUCGAACUGGAACUACCACAAGAUCUGGUGCCCGACUCCGAACAUAUAGAAGUCUCUGCUGUUGGCGAUAUUUUGGGACCACUAUUGAAUAAUAUGGAUCACUUGGUGCGCUUACCAACCGGUUGCGCGGAGCAGACUACGUCGUCAUUUGUGCCCAACUUCGUGGUUUUGGAAUAUUUAAAUCAAACGAACAAACUGACGCCAGCUUUAGAAUCACAAAUCCAAAGUAACCUCCUCUCUGGUUACCAACACAUUCUGAACUUCCGUUUAGAUGAUGGCUCGUUCAGAUCUUUCGUCGGUUAUCGUAACACAGAGUAUCCCGUCAAUGGCUCCACGUGGUUAACGGCAUACAUUGUGCGCUCGCUUAAUCAAGCUAAAGAACACAUAAAUGUUGACGAAAAUGUGCUGAAAGAAGGAUUGAAGUACUUAGUUAGCAAGCAAGCCGACAAUGGAAGUUUCCUAGAGAGCAACGAUUUCUUCUUCGGUUCCUACAGAAGACCUUUGACACUUACAGCUAGCGUAUUACUCACACUAGUAGAAGCUGGGGAACUCGCUAAACCUUAUGAAGCGGAAAUCGAGAAGGGUUUCAAAUACAUUUUGGAGAAUGCCGAUAAGGAACAGGAUCUCCAUGUUAAGGCUAUCACCACAUAUGCGCUAAAUAAGAUCGGUAGCCCCGCCGCAGCACCGCAACUCGAAGAACUGAAAUCACUUGCGAAGACUGAGGAUGAUCGUAAAUGGUGGACCAACAAAAAGGAAAAACCAAGCAAGCUAUGGUGGCGUUGGGCUUUCAGCAACGAUGUAGAAAUCACGUCUUAUGUCUUACUCACGCUGUUCGAAGCUGGCAAAACGACGGUGGAUGAAGUUUUACCGAUAAUACGUUGGUUGGUUGCGCAGCGCAACAGCUAUGGUGGCUUCUCCUCCACACAAGAUACGGUACUGGGGCUCCGUGCUUUGAUCAAGUUCGCCGACUUCGCGGACUAUGAAGCAGCCAAUAUGGAUUUGGAUGUGAGCAGCAAGGGCGAUAGGGAAAAGCGGGAGACUAUUCACUUAACACAAGAAAACGGUUUGCUGACCCAAAGUGUUGAGCUGCCACAAAAGACACUCUCCGUGGAUUUGAGCGCCAAGGGCACCGGUGCCGCUCUGGUACAAGUCGCUUACCAAUAUAAUGUGUUCGAAAAGGAGAAACUCCCGGCUUUCAAGAUCGACACAGUCAUCAACAAAGAAGCGCCUGUUUUCAAGUUGGACAUGGAUGUCUGUGUUCAAUAUAUUGGCGAUGGAGACGCUUCAAAUAUGGCGCUAUUGGAGGUAUCACUGCCCUCCGGUUUUGUUGCAGAUGAAGAGAGCUUUAGCCAAAUUGAGGCCGUCAACCGUGUCAGGCAAGUAGAGAGCAAACAAGAGGGCACUUUGGUUGUGGUAUACUUCGAGAGCCUGGCUAAAAAUGAGGCAUCUUGUGUGCCGAUUGCGGCGCUGAAACAAUAUGCUGUCGCGAACCAAAAACGAAGUCCACUAGUUGUAUAUGACUACUACGACACAGCGCAAAAAGUCACUGAGUACUAUAUACUGUCUUCGAAGCUUUGUGAUAUUUGCGAGGAUGAUGAGGAGUGCAAGAAAAUGUGCGCCACAACAGCGUAGAGUAAUUGUAUUGUACAUAUUAUAUAUAACGGUUUUUAUUAUUGUCCAAAAUUUUAUUGAUAAAUAAAAGUGUAAAUAGUUUAAAAAAUAAAA